GCAAAAAACCAAGGAGUAGAAAUGCUGUCAAACGACCAGGCAGGAAAGGAAAAAGAGGGAAAGCUAUCAAACCUAGAGGCAAAAAUCCAAGGGGAAGAAAGACUGUCAAACGAAGGGGAAAGAAACAAAGAGGACUAAAAGCUAUUAAAAGAAAAGAAAUAAAGCAAAGAGGACGGAAAGCUAUCAAACGUAGCAGAAAAGCAAUGGGUAGGAAGGCUGUCAAACGUAGAGGCAAUAAACGAAGAGGACGGAAAGCUAUCAAGCGUAGAGGCAGAAAACCUAGGGGCAGAAAGGCUGUCAAACGAAGAGACAGAAAACGAAGAGGACGGAAAGUUCUUAAACGUAGAGGCAGAAAAGUAAAAGGACGGAAAGCUAUCAAACGUAGAGGCAGAAAACCAAGGAGUAGAAAGGCUGUGAAACAAAGAGGCAGGAAAGGAAGAGGACGGAAAGCUAUCAAACAAAGAGGCAGAGGACGGAAAGCUAUAAAACGUAGAGGCAGAAAACCAAGGAGAAGAAAGGCUGUGAAACGAAGAGGCAGGAAAGUAAGAGGACGGAAAGCUAUCAAACGUAGAGGCAGAAAACCAAGGAGUAGAAAGGCUGUGAAACAAAGAGGCAGGAAAGGAAGAGGACGGAAAGCUAUCAAACAAAGAGGCAGAGGACGGAAAGCUAUAAAACGUAGAGGCAGAAAACCAAGGAGUAGAAAGGCUGUGAAACGAAAAGGCAGGAAACGAAGAGGACGGAAAGCUAUCAAACAAAGAGGCAGAGGACGGAAAGCUAUAAAACGUAGAGGCAGAAAACCAAGGAGUAGAAAGGCUGUGAAACAAAGAGGCAGGAAAGGAAGAGGACGGAAAGCUAUCAAACAAAGAGGCAGAGGACGGAAAGCUAUAAAACGUAGAGGCAGAAAACUAAAGGGUAAAAAGGUUGUCAAACAAAGAGGCAGGAAACAAAGAGGACGGAAAGCUCUCAAACGAAGAGUCCAAAAACGAAGAGGCCGGAAAGCUAUCAAAAGUAAAGGCAGAAAACCAAGGGGUAGAAAGGCUGCAAAACGAAGAGGCGGAGAACGAAGAGGACCUAAAGCUAGCAAACGAAGAGGCAGAAAACAAAGAGGACGGAAAGGUAUCAAACGUAGAGGCAGAAACCCAAGGGGUAGAAAGG